GUAGGUUUAAUAAGUCGGUCCUCGUGGCUCUACACUGUGGGAACUUCUUUUCUUGUGAGACCCAUCGUCGUUGAAAUCUCCUGGCGCUAUCUUCUGCUCCACAAAAAUGCAGCUCUCUAUAGCAGCAGUCGCCUUUCUGGCAGUAUCAGUCUUCCAACCUACACUGGCCCAGGAAGGACAAGAUCCUUACGUACCCGUUCAGGUCAAUUGCACCUCCUCUGUCAGGGUGCGCAAUGCGACUUCUGGCCUGUCUCGUGCUGAGGAAGCAUGGAGAGAAACCCGUCUCAAAAACGUGGUGGAGUCUCUGGGAACAUAUCUCCCUCGCGCAAACAUUACUGGACUAAACGUCACCGACUAUCUCUCUAGACUGAAUGGAACAAACGCUCCUGUGGUUGGACUCGCCAUUUCUGGAGGAGGUAGCCAAUCUGGCGUUGGUGGUCUGGGCUUGUGGCAAGCCCUCGACGAUCGCUACCCGGCUGCUGUCGCCGCCGGCACUGGAGGUCUCACCCAAUGCUUGACCUAUCUGACUGGUCUUUCUGGAGGAGGCUACCUGACCGUUAGCUCACUCGCAACAAACAAUUUCACCUCCAUCGAGCGCCUUCGAGAGGCCAUUAAUUUUACGAUCAACUACGAGGUAGGCCCUACUGGCAACCAGACCGAGUAUUUCGCCAGUCUCUUUGAAAACGCUGGAGCCAAGGCAGAGGCCAACUUCACCGUCACCGUCGUCGAUGUUUUCGGACAGCAGUUCCGGCAAUAUCUUCCAGAGGCUUGGGGCUAUCGAUCAUGGUCCGACAUCAACAGCACUAACCACUCCUUUGCCCUUGGGGUAGGCCCCAUGCCAAUCGUUGCCAUGGCAGAAGUUGUACCAGGACAGUCACCCAAUAUUGGUGGUAUCAUGUAUCCUGGAAACAAUGCCACCAAUGGUUUCAAUCUGACCAGCUUCGAACUCAACCCAUUUGAAUUUGGUAGCUGGCUGGGAGGCCGAAUUCAAGCAUUCAUGCCCACCAAGUAUCUUGGAACCUCAAUGAGUGACGGCCUCCCCCAGGCCAAUGACUCGUGCGUCCAAGGCUUCGACAAGGUCACUUUCGUCCAAGGUUCAACCGCGAAUGCUUUCAAUUUCUGGUUCAUUGAUGACUGGUACAACAUUCCAUUAUUCGCCAAGCGAUCCUUGGAGGCUCUUGGUCUUCGCAAGAGACAAAGCCCUUCAGCUACCAUCGUCGUCCCCGAGGAUGAGGAGGAGAAUCCACUUGUGCAGUUGGUCAACGGCACAGCCGAGGAAUUUGACCUUACUUUCAAUGAGUCUCUGUGGGCUACUUAUCCCAACCCAUUUGAAGGCUAUACUGAAGAGAUGGUUAACGUGACAGACCUCUUACUGGUUGAUGGAAGCGAGACUGGAGAAACGAUUCCAUUGCGACCAUUGAUCAUCCCAGAGCGAAAGGUCGACUUCAUCAUCGCAUAUGAUGCCAGCUCCGACGCCCCGAACUCCUGGGUCAAUGGCACAAACUUAGUCAAUACCAAUCUUUCCGCCGCCGAAGGCAACAUCCCCUUCCCAACCAUCCCGUCUUCACGCACAAUGGUCAACUUGAACUUCACUCGCUUCCCCACCUUCUUUGGAUGCAGCGAGACAGACGAGGAGAAUUCCACCGUCCCACUAGUACUCUAUGUCCCCAAUGCGCCCUGGUCUACCUACUCGAACUAUUCAUACCUCCAAUCGACCUUUUCCGACAACCAACUCGAUCUCAUGAUGAACAAUUCAUUCCAGAUUAUCACAUUUGGCAACGGCACCAUCGAUGAGGAUUGGCCUGCGUGUUUGGCAUGCGCUGUCGUCAAGAAGAGUCUCAUUCGUGAAGGAUUCGACUUGCCCGAUGUCUGCGGUCAAUGUUUCGAGCGCUAUUGUUGGGAUGGAAGUGAGGAUGAUGACGAGGUCUCGCCAGAGGUUUUCGAUCUGGUUCCGCUUCUCGAACCAAAUUUGAAUUAUACUCAAUGGAAUGAGACUUGGACAUCUGAUUGAGUUAGGGAGAGAAGGGCUGUUCGCAAUGGUCAGGGUUCUGUGCUCUGCUCGUGGCUAGAGGACAGCGCAGCUUUAAUUACAUCUACAUACAACCAACAUAUAGCAUUAAUACAUAGGCAUGGUACCAAAUAGAGGCCAUGCCUUCACUUAGAAAA